CUUUAAGGGUGAGUUUAGGACCCUGCGACCCAUAAGAUAUGAAGAGUGGGUGGAGUCACUGAUGAUUGACAGGAUAUUCUGGAGGCACGGCAGGCGAGUAAUCUGGCGAAACUGACCACAGCCACACCGUCACACUACAGACGGCGAAUUUUAACGAAAUUCCGCCCCAACUCGGGAAUUUCAUCGCGUUUUGAUGCCGAAAUAUUGUCCAGAAAGCACCACCCAUGGACUUCUAUCUCUGAUAAUCGUGUUUGAGAGCUGAUAAUGAUGAAGAUGAAGCUGCGAGCGGCGGGAGGCGAAAAUCACCGAUGCGACUUGAAUUCCGUUAACGGAACCGAACGGGAGAGCGGCGGCACCGGAGCGGCUCCGCUCGACAAGGAGACGGUGUUCGAGUGGUUCGGUUUACAGCUGAACCCUGCCGGGCGCGUGGAGCUGCUUUGCGGGCUGUUACAUAUGUGUCAGCCGCUAGAGCUGCGCUUCUUCGGCGCCUGUCUGGAGGAUCUGGCCCGGAGAGAUUUCAGCGUCCUGCGGGACUUCGAGAUUCGGGCCAACUGCCCCGCUGAUCUAGAGGGGCUGGUGGACGUAAGCGACCCCGUGGUGCUGUCAAAACUGCUUGUUUAUUUGUCUUUGCUGGGAUCCAAGAGCAGGGAAUGCGCCGGGAUUCUCUUCAGGACGUUGAGUCGAAUGGACGCGGGGAUGUGCGGGGCUUUACCGGAGCCGGAGAGUGUGGACCAACUGCGGCUGCUCUUCAUGAUGGGCUCGUUACACCCGGCGUUCAGUUUCCAUCAGCGGGUCGAGUUGCGUGCGCAGUUGGACAGACUCCAAAAAUGGAGCCAGUUUUCCAGGCCGGGGUUCCUCUGUCGACACCGGGAGAAUGACGUAGACUGGACUCUUUGCAGCAACACCAGUCCACACCUCAGUGGCACGACGCAGAGGGAAGUGGUGCACAUUGAGAAGAUCAUUCUGAAGGAGGUUACUAUGGGAGGAGAAGGCAGGCUGUACAGCUUCGAGGUGACAUGGUCAGACUCUUCAUCUACUGCGGUCACCAAAACUCACCGUGAGUUGGAGGAUUUUCUUUUAAAGCUUCCUAAGGAGCAGAGCCCAGAUGGCUUUGAGAAGGGCAUCGUCAGAUUACUCAGUCGUGGAGAUCAAUGUGAAUCAAGAGAACUGGAGAGGAACCUCAGGGAGAAGUUCCUGUCUUUAUCGCAGGAUGUCCUUCAGAGAUGUGAUGUUUCCAGGUUCUUCCUGUCUGAUGCUUCUGUACUGCCAUGUAACCACUGUACCAGUGCGCCCGUGACCAGAAUCCAUCAGCCUGAACGUGGUUUCUCUGAGGACUGCUCCGAGACUUCCAGCCUAGAGGAGGAUGGAGAGGCUUACAGUGUCAGAGCUGCGGGACUGAGUAAUCAGCGCUCUGAAUGCCAGAGGAGAGGAAACUGUGAGCAGAAUGGAGAGAGAGUUUGGAAGAAAGAAACUGAAUUGGAACAGAGCUGCACCAGUGACCGAAGAAUCUUCACAGCUGGACAGAAGAACAAAGGAAGAUCAGCUGGAAAAAGGGAUCGAGGACGACGAGUCGCUGGUGUCAAGAGUUCUAAACCUUCGGCAGCACUGAUGAUCAACCAGGCAGCUUGUAAAGACACCGGGAGGGACCGGUAUGGGGACACGUCAUCAGAGAGCUCAAACUCAGUGCCGUCAAGCCCUGUUCACCAGAAGAGCCUGGAGGACCAAGAUACGGAGAGUCAGUCGGAUAACUCGGCCCAGGAACCAGCUGAAAAGACUCACCCCGCCAAAGGCGUUGGCGGGAAAGCGGUUGCCAUGGUGAAUCCAUUAGUUGCCGAGCCCCAGAACGUCCCUCAGCCUCCUUCAGUGGUGGAGUUGGCACUGACCGCGUGCCUCCCCUACUCCCUGCAGUACAACACUACCCAGAGCGACACUGGCACUGGGCAGGGCAAGAUAACCAUCACCAUCCCACUGGGCCAAGACCCGGGAACAUCAUCAGCCAGCGCUCAACCACUGCAGCAGCCACCGCUGGGGGCGUUCAGUGUCCUCCCGGCCAGCCAUUGUCCUCUACAGCCCGCCAACGCCACAACCAACAAUCCUGUCAAAACAAACGCCAAGUCCUCCGUUACCGCCAGCGCCAGUGCCAGUUCCUGCACUCUCUCCAAUAGCCAAGUACCGUGUGCACCCACAAGUGUACCCACGCACACCCCGGGGCCGGGCCCCCUACCGGCCCCCGCGGUCACACACAGCACCGCUCAGAGCGAUUCCUUGUCCUACAUCAACAGCUCCAGUCUGCCGGUUACCCCACAGGCGUGCGGGAUGCAGCAGGGGGGCUGCAACUCUUGCGGCUGUCGAGGCACCUGUGGGGGCAACGGCACCCAUCAGACACCCGGCUACUUCCUGCCGCCCCAACCUACCCGUCAGAUCUUUGGGCCUCCGCCCACCUUCUUCCACCUCCCUCCGUCUCUAUGCAACAGCUUCCCCGCCCAGGGUCAUCAGAAUAACGGGACGCCUAUGUCCUUCUACACCCACAGUGGUCCCCAUACAGCGUUCCUCCACGCUCACUCGGAUCACAUGAUGGCAUCGCAGGCGGGCUACAGCCUGCCUCAGAUGCCUCCCUUCCGUCGCUUUUACCCUCCCGUCUUCCCGCCGGUCGGCCUGAUGUCUGGCGGAACCAACAUGAAGAAGAAUAACAACGUGUCCUGCUAUAACUGCGGCAUGAGCGGACAUUACGCUCAAGACUGCAAGCAACCGUCCAACGACGCCGGGGUUACAGGUGGUUUCCGGCUGAAGUAUGUUGCCCCAAACACCUCAGAAGCUCUUGACAAAACCGAUUGACAGAAAGCAGGGGACCAAAGCCCUGCCAGCCAGCGACUCCAGAGACCCUUUAGAUAGAGUUUUGUUCUGUUUGUAUAAGCUCUGGAGAGGUUUGCUUUAAAAAAGAAAAAAAAA